AUGGUACCAAUCGCACCGUCAUUCGGCGCUUCAACUGCCCUCACGACCACAACCACUUCGGCUGGCCCUUCGACCGUCAUCAGUGCCUGGUCAGGUCGCUCAGUCACUGGAGCUGCUGGGGAUCACUUGCCAAAGAUAGCUGCUAAGCCCAGUCUGCCCUGUGCUACGCUUAUUUCAACUACACCGACCUCCUCUCCCACCAGCCCGGCAGCCCCAUCCUCUUCUGCUAGCGCUGUGGUAUCUGGCGCUCUAGUAAACGGCACCUCCAGCCUGAGUUCCACUAGCUCGACUCUGCCGGCAAAUAAUCCGACUGGGCCUACGGUUACAGCUACCCCACGGAUGUCGACCUCGGUCCAAUCAGUUAGUUCAUACAGAGCUUAA